AUGUCGGUGUCCGAACCGCAGCCUCGUCCGAGUGCUGAACCCAAAGUGCGGUACGGGUCUAGCAAGGGCAUAGUCGAGAGGGCCUCGCGUCCGGAUCUUGCCACGGAAAGGUCUCAAGUGCGGGAUGGGGCGAGGGAUGCUGCGCCACCCACACGUCGACCUCAAAGGGUAGACACCCAAGCACUCAAGGCAAAGCUGGCGGCAGCCCUUGGAUCCCACGGCGCUGAGUACUGGGCAGCUCUGCUGGAUUUCUUCUCGGGAAGGAUAGAUCGUAAUGAAUUCGAAAAUGUCGCAAGGAGGUGUUUGCAAUCCGAGCAAGGUGAGUAGCCAAGGUCCGAUGAUCAGCACCUGGCACGGAAUGGAGGGGCUGUAGACGACGCUCUAAAAUCCGGAGCUGCAGCCCGCGGAUGCUUCAUCUGCACGUGCCAACUUGCUGCGAGGUGCCUGUGCUGUCGCCCUCACUUCACAGGAAUGAGUGGAAGUCGGUUGUGAAACGCCGCGGACGGGACUUGUGGAUGAACGCUCUUGGGGCGACUACUCGGUCCUCGAAGGCGGGGCCGAAUCUCGGCACCUCCGCCUCGUGUAGCGUCGUCGGGGUUUCGAGGCUGACGCGCCGGCUUGCUGAGGGUGAGAGGAGGCGGGCGACUUGAUGCUCAGGACAGGUCGUUCCUCGACGGCAGCCCAGCCCAACGUUGGUGUAAAAGAACGAGCAGAAUGGUGCUUGGGUGCGACCGAGUCAUGUAGGAGUCGGUAGGAUGCCGGUAGAUCCUAGAGCGCUGCUGAGAAUUAAAGGUACAGGUGUAAUCCAUGCCCAGCAGGUACGCCCCAUCGACGAAGCGGUGAUGGGGAAAAGGUUGAAAGGAGUCGUGUUACUACGACUCACUUGACUGGCUUCAGACUCGUGAGCUCAGAGUCAGGCGAGGACGUGCCGCGACCUUCGCGCGACGCGUUCUGAGACCGGAUGCAAGUCAUGCGGACAGACCGUUGAACAUGCCGCACGGCUGUGCUUGACAGUGUCGUGUCUGGCUCACCACUGACACAACUUCACACUUUUCCACGGUCCACGCACAGUCGAUCUGCACAAUAGCUUGCUGAUGGGCAUACUCUACAACGCCUCGUCCGAUGUUCCGUUGCCGUCCGCAUCCAAGCGCUCUUACGCAUCUGGCGCCCGCAAUGGCGGAAGCAUGCAUACUCUCGAUGGUGCUACGCGUAAUUUGAGUACGUCCGACGAAUCAGAGGAUGAAGUUUCUACCGUUCCUCGUAAACGGCUUCGCGCGAUGGUGGCAGGUCUCAGUAAGAAAGAUCGAGCGCGUCUCAAGUCUGCAGGGAGACCUCCUGCCAGACCUGCGGUCUCUUCAGCCCUCGGUUGGGCAGGUGCCGGAGCGGACAUGCUGGAGCGAAAGCGCAAAGAGGAAGAGCGCCGCCGUACGAGAGAAGAAAAGCGUAGAGUGCGAGAAGCCGACACGCAAAUUGGGGGUCGGGAAUGGCGUGCAGACGCAGUGCAGGACGAGAUUGCUGUGGCAGAAGCACGCGACACAGGCUCACUGACUGCAAGUGAGUGUGUUGUGUUACUCAGAUUGUUUCAACGUUGUUGAGGAAUGCCUGACAGGUGUGAAACGUGAUGUGUCUCUAGCGGUACAACAGGCGGUCAAUCGAGCGCUCGUGGCGCCCUUGUGCACAGAGGCGAAGGAGCUCCCCGACAUGGAAGGGCUGCACGACGCCAUGACUCUUGCUGCAGUCAAAUCUGGUGUGGGUGGGGGAGCAGCACCCCGCGCUGCGGCUUUGCUACUCACAGCGCUACACGGCCAUCUGCAAAAUGUCGCGAGCGGUUUGAUUGGGGCCGUGCGAUCUGAUCGAGCGGGGGGCAUCCGCACCUCUGGGCACGCUCCAGCGGCAGCCACGGCCAGGGCUCACGCACGGGACGGUGUAGAAGCUGCGAGCACAACACAUCAAAGCGCACGGAGUGCAAGAGGAGCUUCAGAUGGGCGUGAAGCCACGUCAAACACGAAUGCCGGCUCAACCACUGCACGCGAACGAUCGGGCUACGGGGCUUAUCUGGCACCGCCCUCGCCACGUCUACCUCUGCGAAAUGUGCCUUCCAAUCUUUCCUCGCGCACUGCGUCUACUGCUCUCGCCGCCAGCAGUGCUGCGGACAACAGCGCAGUCAGCUUCGUCAGCACUGCGCCAACGUCUCACGCAGCUGACGGCAGAUCUGAGGCAGAUGACGACGACGAGAUGGAAGUGGACGAAGACCGCGUCGGAAGCGCCAACAUGGUGCGCAAGUACUCCAAUGCAUCGAGCGGAAGUGCAAAGUCUGUUGAGAACGCCUUGUCGGCAGCUCACCCUUCAAACUUGCGCCUUCGCGAUUUGGCGUUCAUGCUUCAAUUGACGCCUCAGGUCUCUGUGGAAACUCUGGGGCAGGGCGCCGCUGCUCGUCUACUUAAUGCCGAUUCUUUGGAUGUGUCGCAUGACGACCACGACGACUCGGGAAUCGCCUGGACCAACGGCGGGCUCGCGAGGCUGCCUGCCGAAGAAGGCUACGACGAGCUGAUGAGCGAUGCCCUGAGGCAAGCAGCAACUUCGAAGCUCUCAGACAGCCGAGUGCUUUACGGCUCUGGCGCGGGCUCAAAAUCGCCGCGAGCCAAGUACGUCGUCGACUCAUCUUCCACAUAUCGCUUGUUUCACCGACCGGAUGUGGUUGAGAACCACGCGACAAGGCCUGGAUCCAAAAGGAGCAAAGGGAGUCAUUUCGCGGUUCAACAGGCGUCGUGGCAAGAUGAAAAGCGCGACGAAGAUUCCAAUGUUCCAAGACGCUCUUCGACUGCCAGCGGUGCAGACCGUCAAGGUUCAACGUCGGCAGGCGGUGCAAGCGGCGACGAUGCUCGCAGACGCAUGACCGAUCCUAUGUUCGACGUCGUCGAUGCAGUAAGACUGCUGGGUCCUUUUGCAGAUUAG